AUGGCUAUCGAGAGUAUCAUCAAUGAUCCCAAUAAUGAGGUUGGCAAAUAUAUUAAAGACCUAAAAGAUGAAUUUAAAAAGGAGCUCCUGAUUCAGAGCGAUAAGUUCAACAUAUUAAUGGAUAUGAUGAAAGCUCAGAACUCCUCUGGCGGACCUCCCUCCCAGAUAAACAAAUUGGAGGAUCGGUAUGAAGCGAAAAAGGAAGCAAAGAAGGAUGCUAAAUUCGCAGUAAUUUGCUUCAAAGAUAUAGUACCACUCACGAGAAAUAUCGAGGCUAUUACAAAAUGGGAAGAAUCAUUCUCGAAACUUUUUCGUAAAUACCGUGGCUUGCAAAAAAUAUGGGAUGAAGACCUAGGAAUUGAAUCUGAGGACUUCAGUAUUAAGAAUAUUGAAUGGAAAGGAGCCGAAUUGAAAGUCUUCUUGGACAGAUUGUCUAAAGAAAUAGUAUCCAGAAUCAUAGAUGUGAAUGAAAAUGUAUUUACUGAAAUGGAUGACGUUGAUGACGAGACAGACUUACGGUCUGUGUAUAUGUUCGUCAAAACGUACAAGAUGGAGAACUUACCACAUAGAGUCGGACAGGCAUUAACCUACUUAAGAUACGCAGGGGAUUUCAAAACAGAAAUCGAUAGAGUUGAAGAAGGUCUCCUGCACUCCAAGAAAUGGACUGAAGGCACCACCGAAGAAAUCCUUAAUUUUAUUGGUAAAAUGGCAUACUAUCACGUCAUUACAGUUGAGAAAUAUUUCAAGAACAUUGAGUCGCGUGACAAAUACUAUCAAUCACUUGCUUGGUUUUACCAAGAAUACAAGAAGAAUGGCAGUAUACCAACAAUCGACGAUGUGCUUCAGCGAAUGAAAGAUCAAUAUCACUACAAGCCCCAAAACUCCACGGACAAAAGAAAAAUCGAAGACUUGAUCAAUGAAAGGAUCAAGUACGUCCAGGAGAAAGAACUAGCCAGAGCCAAUGGCAAAAGAGUAGAAUCUGAACGAUUGUUAUAG